AAACCCUUCAAAAUAAUGUUGCCUUUCUUACUGUUUCUCUGUUUGCUUGUGGCAGUUUCGCUUUGGCUCUUGUAUUUCAAGUUUUACAAACCAUAUCUUGAUUGUCAAGUAUUGCUGGAAGAUAUUCAAAGUGCAGCAGAUGAGAAAGUUGAAAGAAUUGGAGAUACAGCAAUAAUCCUAGGAGGAUCCUUUGCUGGACUGACAAGUGCCAUUGUACUGUCAAAAUAUUACAGAAGGGUAAUUAUUGUGGAUCGAACUGUGAUGGAGCCACUUGAAACUGUGGCCAAAGCCAGACAGGGAGAACAAGCUCAUGCUAUUUCAUAUCGUUCAUUAUUGGUGUGGGAUCGAUUAUUGCCAGGAUUUUGGUCCGAGUUGGUAGAAAUGACAAAAGCUAAUCGACUUUCACAAUUAAUGUUUCCUGCCACCGAAGUCAAAUAUUUCUACAGGGAAGGUUAUAAUUUGAGUGGACAUUUUGAUUUGAGAAGUAGAUCGAUUAUUACUGCCAGUAGAGGACAGAUGGAAACUGCACUCAGAGAAAGGAUUAGAAAAGAUUUGAAGAAUAUUGAGAUAUUCGAUGGAUACAAUGUUUCCUCUAAUGGAAUCAAUAUUGAAAGAGUACAAGAGAGCAACAAUGGAGAGAAGGUUGUACGUGUCAAAUCAGUGACCAUUGCAAAGUGUUCACAAGAAAAUGAUCCAGCAGAUCGAUUGAUAAUUGAUUGUGAUUUGUUUGUCAAUUGUGCUGGUGUAGGAUCCAAUGUUUUGAUGAAAAACAUUGAAAAUGAAGUUUCACCUCAUAAGAAACUAUUAACCAAAUCUAAGGUAGAAGUCAAGAUUAGAUAUCAAACUGUUUAUUUUGAACCUAAGGAUACUUCAUACGAUAGUGAAGGAAAGGUCGUUCUCUGUCGUGAAGAUAGACAAGUGAAUGAGAAUAGAAAGAUUAAUGAUCCAUACUAUAUGAUUUAUCACUUGUUGACCUACCCAAAUACAAAGGGAAUGCUCAUAAUGCCAUUCACUGACAAUACCAUGUUGCUCCUCUUACACAAUUACAAUGAGAAAAUUGAGUCAUUGACUCCAGAACGUGCAAAGGAGCAAAUUUUAGAAUUUUGUAAAGAUUUCCCAGAUAUGGAGAAGGACACUUCACAUGUAUUGGAUCUACUCAAAGAUGAACCAAAGAGAAUAGCUCCAAUCUAUGAAAAGAAUGGCAGCGAAUACGUACACUAUGAAAAUUUAAAGAAUGUCAAAGGAUUUAUUGCACUCGGUGAUGCUGUUGCUUCUCUCAAUCCUAUUUAUGGCCAGGGAAUUACCUUGUCUGUAGAUUCGGCAGUAUUUUUGGAUAGCAUGAUCAAGAAGGAGCUCGAAACAUCCAAUAAGGCAGUAUUUAAUGCCAAGUUUUGUAACAAGUUUCAAUUGGCUCUUUCCAAGACCUAUUUAGUUCCUUGGAUUUUGGGGUCUAGCUCCGAUUUGAGAUUUGACUUUUCUAAAUAUUCAAAGAACCUCUACUUACAAAAAUUGGUUGCUCCACUAUUGGCUUGGCUCACUGAUAGAUUAUUCAUUUCAAGUCACUACUCUGCAGUAUCGAGUUAUUACUUUCAAACUGUCUUGAUUAUGGAUGAUGGUUUCAGAAAGCAAUUGUUAAAUCUUCGUUGGUUGCUUGGCUAUGUUUUCUGGAGAGAGCUCAAAAUGGCCAUGUGGUGCCUUGCUAUCGCCGCUUUGUGUACCUUGGCUGUUGUUGGUGUGGAAAAUUAUUAAGGUAUCCUAAUUCCGAACGAUCGCACACUCCUUUGGAAACACUUUUUCACACAAUUUACCAAAAAUGUUUCUGACACAGCUGUUUCAGUUUGGGUAAUAAAUAAGGUUGUUCAAUGCA